AUGAUUCCGCCAAGCACGACUGGUCCCAUAAAUAUCCUUGACGCAGCCACUGCUAUACCCAAGGACAUGAUGGCAAAACUUCCAACAGCCAUCAAUGGCCCCUUGGCCUGGUCAGGGGCUGAUUUCGAGGACGAAGAAACGUACACCUGGCAGCUUCGCGGAGAGGAUGUCGAAGAAAUCGAUGCAGCCCUCCAAAGUUUCAAGUCUCUUGGCCUCGAUGGAGACCAGGUUGACCGUGACAACUUUCCCCUUCCGAAUCUUGCGGCGCGGCUUUCCCAAUCCGCCAGAGUUAUUCAUGAGCAGCGCGGCUUCUUCGUUCUCAGGGGUCUUGAAGAGUCAAGAUACUCAGUUGAAGACAGCACCACGAUCUACCUAGGCAUAUCCAGCUAUAUCGCUGACAAGAGGGGGUUGCAAGACCGCAAGGGUAACGUCCUCUCACACAUAACCAACUCAAAACUUUGGAAAGUCCCUGUGGAGAUGCGCCAUGGCAUUCAUUCUAAUCAAGCUUUGCCCUAUCACAAUGAUAUGGGGUGCGAUAUCCUAGCGCUCCAAGUUCGGCACUGCGCGGAAAGGGGGGGAUACACGUAUCUCAGUUCCGUCAGCACUGCAUUUAAUGAGCUGCUUGCUGAAGACCCAUCAGCUGCAAAGACUCUCUUAACUGCAGAUUGGCCUGUGCAAAUUUCGGGGCGUGGAGCAAAAUGCUACUUAGCGCCCGCCCUCGCAAUUCACGAUGGCAGGUUGAUGGCUAGCAUAGAUCCGAAUCGAUUCGGGCCUCAUCCAUCCAGUGGACCAACCAACAUCCCAGCUCUGACUGCCUCACAGCAGUCUGCUCUGGAAAGAAUAUCAAAAGCCGCAUACCGCACGGAGCUCCGACUUCACCUAAAGACAGGAGACUUGCUAUUUUUCAACAAUUGGGCAUUGCUCCACCGACGCGAUUCGUACACAGAUGGUGACGAGACGUCCCGCCACAUGGUAAGGCUCUGGCUUCGAAACUCGAAGCUAGGCUGGGCGGUCCCCGAUUCCAUGUUGCCACCUUGGUAUGCUGCUUACGGGGACAAUGGCGUCCGGACCAAGCUCUAUCCUUUGAUUCCCAUGCCGGACUACAAAGUGCCAAAAUAUUCGGCAGGCUCGGCAGCAUUCGUGAUUGAGGAUAGCGAUGCCUCUGAUGGAGAAUAA